AUGUUGAGUAGAGUUUCAAAGAGAUUCAUCUCUAUAACACUUAACCAACCAGUGAAACCACCUUUUAUCCCAUUGGUAUCAGAAAAUGGAUUUCCAGAUGCCAUUGGUAAUACUCCGUUAUUAAAAUUACCCAGAAUCUCGAGUUCGAUUGGAAGAAAUAUUUAUGCCAAAGCUGAAUUUAUGAACCCAGGUGGAUCCAUAAAGGAUAGAGCUGCUAUUUAUAUCAUAAAUGAUGCUGAAAAGAAGGGAUUAAUAAAACCAGGAGGUACCAUUGUGGAAGGUACUGCUGGAAAUACCGGUAUUGGGUUGGCUCAUGUCUGUAGAGCCAAAGGAUAUAAAUGUGUUAUUUAUAUGCCAAAUACUCAAUCUAAAACUAAAAUUGAAACUUUAAGAUUGCUAGGUGCUGAAGUUCAUCCAGUUCCAGCUGUGGCUUUUACUGAUCCUCAAAAUUAUAAUCAUCAAGCUAAACGUCAUGCUGAAGGUUUAGAAAAUGCUGUCUGGACUAAUCAAUUCGAUAAUAUUGCCAAUAGACAAGCACACAUCGAAACCACAGGACCUGAAAUCUGGGCUCAAUUAGAUGGUAAUGUUGAUGCAUUUACUUGUUCAACCGGUACUGGGGGGACAUUUGCCGGUACUUCAAGAUAUCUUAAAACCAUAUCCAAUGGUAAAGUUAAGGCAGUGUUAGCCGAUCCACCAGGAAGUGUUUUAUAUUCUUAUAUCAAGUCUAAUGGUAAAGAAAUUGUAAGAGGUGGAUCAUCCUUCACUGAAGGUAUUGGUCAAGGUAGAGUCACUGAUAAUUUAAAACCAGAUUUAGAUAUUAUUGAUGAAGCCAUUCAAAUCCCAGAUGAAGAUUCGAUUGUUAUGGUAUAUAGGUUAUUAGACGAAGAAGGAUUAUUUCUUGGUGGUACUGGUGCUUUAAAUGUUGCUGCUGCUGUUAAAGUUGCUGAAUCCUUACCAGAAGGUAGUAAUGUUGUCACUAUCUUAGCUGAUUCUGCUCAUAAAUACGCAGAUAGAAUUUUUUCUAAGGAAUGGUUAAAGACCAAGGGAUUAUACGACGCCAUCCCAGAACAUUUAAAGAAGUAUGCCACUUUAGAUUAA